AAAAUAGUGUCUGAGAAUGAUAUUGAAUAAAAUUAAAUGUGGAUGUUUUUUCAUAAAACACUCGAAUCAUCACAUUAAUCAUACAGUUAAUGAUAAUAUUAAUAAUUUUGUCAAAAGGUCAACUAAAAAAAAUAACAUAUGCAAAAAAAAAAUAAAAAAAUAAUAAUAUGUAUGGUGCCAUAUCUAAAUAAUAUUUUAUCCGUUUUACCCUCAGGCACGUCACAUAACCAAUUCGUCUUAAGGUUGACGACGGUCACUUUUCGCGGGUGUUUGUAAAACGCGGACCGGAACGGAACGGAACGGAAUCAGGUGCUGAAGGAUAGAGACUUGUAUAUGAAGAUCGGUAUGUUCACUUCCGUCAACCUCUUCAUCAUGGUCGUGUGGUCAGUGAUCGAUCCUAGCCGGCCAAAAGCAAUACUCAUGCAUAGCCGUGUGAAUAUCACAGUAAUGAACGACUCGAAACCGAUCGCGCUGUGCAUCUACAUUGUAAUCCUGCUGUCUAUAGUGGGCCUGCCGGUGUCACUGAUCCAGAAUGAUAACAAUCCCAACGUCUCGUUCAGUGUCAUCAGCAUCCUCAUCAUUACUGGUACAACAUCUACGCAAUGUAAUAUAUUUUUUCCAAAGGUAGAUGCAUUACUCAAGUUUCUUAGAGGUGAGAAAACUGAAAGCAAAUCAAGCCAACAGGCGACGUCAAUUCCCCGAGUUGGUACAACUAUGGAUAGCAUUCAUAACUGAAUUGGUUAUUGGCUGUCUCAGCUUGGUGUAUUUAUUUCUAUAAAGCUACUUAUUUACACUUUAUUAAACUAUUAUUUAUCUUGCAAUGAACACAAAACAGUCAUAUUACCUCUUACCCCAGCCAUAUUUAACUCAACCCUGUGUGCCAGAAUACACGUCUAGUCCAAAUAUAUGUGUGGUAUAGGUUCACAAACACACCACAGUCAAACUCACAAUUAUUUGAUAUUACAUUAUUUGCACAUUUGUUCUUUUAUUAUCCAUAUAAAUUAUGUAAACAGUAUUAAAAAUAUGGAGUUUCACUAAA